UUGGGAAUGGCUGACGCACCGUCGACAGCGCCUAAGGCAAAAGCGCCUAAAACAAAGGCUCCAAAAGAAAAAGCCGCUAAGGCUGCUGCUCCUGCGGCGCCCGCUGAGCCACCAAAAGCAGUCCGCAAAGUGAACCCUAAACCACGACACGGCAGACUUUACGCGAAAGCAGUCUUCACAGGAUACAAACGUGGUCUUCGUAACCAACAUGAAAACACUGCACUUCUAAAGGUGGAGGGUGCCCGUAGCCGAGAAGAUGCAAUCUUCUAUGCUGGCAAAAAGUGUGUCUAUGUGUACAGAGCUAAGAAGAGGACGCCGAUAGCGGGUGGGCCGCGCGGCAAGAAGACGAAGCUGCGCGCCAUCUGGGGCAAGGUGACGCGUCCGCAUGGCAACUGCGGCGGCGUGCGCGCGCGUUUCAAGCACAACCUGCCCGCGCACGCCAUGGGCCACAGGAUACGCGUCAUGUUGUAUCCAUCAAGAAUUUAA